AUGCAGAAUGUCUACAAUGUCUACAAGGCACUGGGAAAGUUGUCCAGGAGUUUGUUGAGGCCUCACCUUUUAUCUUCUGGUGCAAGAGGCAGCAGAACGAACAGAUACAAGCGUGUGCGAUCAGCAUUAAAUGCAAAAACUGCGACUUCCGCAGCAAUGUCGCAUGUUGUUCUGUUGCUGUGGGCUCACAGGACCGGCUACGCAACCACUAGCCUUUACCAGCUGGACUUGAGAUAUCCUUUCGAAAAAAAGUUGCAAGUUGUGGUCAUUUCCACCAUGGCGAUUUCGUUUGCGGCGAGAAUCACUCCUCCUUUGCAGAUUCCACACGUCAGAUCGCACAAUGCCGCGUCGCGCUCACCGAGAUCCUUGAGCCCAGCGCUCUACACUUCCCGUUCCAGCGGACAUGUUUCGGUGCCUCUUUACAGCCCUCAUUCCGUAUGCGUUCCGACCGGAACGCCAACGUUGCUUGCUGGUCGGAGACAACCAGGCGAUGUACACAAAGUUCCUUCGUUGACAUCCUUGAGCGGCAUGUCGAAAAUGAGGCGUAUGCCUAUCCGGAUGGAUUCCACAGCGAGCACUGCCAGCACGGAAGCUUCCCCGUACGGCCGCGCGCUGAGCAGGGACUCCUACACGGAGCGCUUGGACGAGGAACUGCGCAUUCUUUGCGAGAGCAUUGACCAGGACAAGGAUGGCCGCAUCUCCAAGUGGGAGCUCUUCCGCGCUGUUCAGAAGAGCGAGGAGAUUGCGCGGACGUUGCUGCCGGGUCGAGAUCCCAGCAUCGUCAUGAAAUGCCCAGACACGUUUGACGAGGUCGAUCGCCUCUAUCACAAAAUCUCAGGUGGCCAAGAAAGGAUCUCCUAUGCCACCUUUGCGCUAUACUGGCAACAAGCACAGGCACCUAAGGACAACGGCCCUCGUGACCUUCAAGACGUCUUCAAUAUGAUCGAUGCAGGCCACACAGGGGAGAUCUCAAAGCUGGCGAUGCUCCAUGCCGUGGAGACCUCCCCGUUGGUCGCGCGGAGGCUUUUCCCAGGCCGGCAAUGGUGGGUGGUUUGGGGCACAUGGUUCAACAUGAGAAUUCUUACGGGCUUUGUUUGGUUCGGUUCCCCUUGCACGGAUCAGUAA